AAUUAAAUCCCUAGUCACGCGCGAGACUCACUGAGUGAGUGGAGAAAAUUCUAGGGUUUAAUGGAGAUUGAGAGAGGUGAUGGACGGAGUCCGAAUCAACUAAGACCCCUGGCCUGUUCCAGUUCCAUCCUGCAUCGUGCCCAUGGCUCCGCCAGUUGGGUUCAAGGAGAAACCAAGGUGCUUGCGGCUGUUUAUGGGCCCAAAGCUGGAACCAAGAAGAAUGAAAACCCUCAAAAAGCAUCCAUUGAAAUUAUUUGGAAACCCAAGACUGGACAAAUUGGAAAAGUGGAGAAGGAGUAUGAGAUGAUAUUGAAGAAAACCCUGGAAAGCAUUUGCAUUCGAACUAUAUAUCCCAACACCACCAUUUCGGUUAUAGUCCAGGUUGUCCACGAUGAUGGUGCUCUUCUUCCAUGUGCAAUAAAUGCAUCAUGUGCUGCACUUGUAGAUGCUGGAAUUCCCCUAAAACAUCUUGCUGUAGCGAUAUGUUGUUCUGUAACAGAUAGUGGUUGUAUUAUGCUGGACCCAACCAAAGGCGAAGAGGAGAAAAUGAAAGCAUUUGCCUAUUUAGUUUUUCCAAAUGCAAUUGUUUCGGUCCUACCGGAGAGAUCAUUGCAGGCGGGUAGUGAGCCUAUGACACAUGGAAUCAUGACUUCUGUUACACAGGGUGCUAUGUCAGUGGAUGAUUAUCUUCACUGCCUAGAACGAGGGCGAGCUGCUAGUGCAAGGUUGUCUGAAAUUUUGAGGAAGAACAUAGGGCCAAAAUCUACAAGUGGGGCAUCUAAAGCUGGGUGAUUUCCAAUCAUGUUGGAUGUAGUUAAUUAGUGUCUAAUUUUUCCCUGUAAGGGCUGGGGAGGAUGGGAUUUCUCUGCAGGUAGUAUUACAUUCACAUUCAUGAAAUUAUCAUUUCCUGUUCUCUUGGAUAGUUCUGUAUUAGUUGUCCUUAAUUUAUUCCUCUGUUCAAAUUUUUCAUGAAUCGUUCUCUUUUAAUUUAAGCAAGGAUUACAAUUUGGUGUGCUCAAAGAAGAAAGAUUCGAAUUAUUUGUAGAAGUUAUGUGAUGAAUUUGUAUGAUUCUUUAUGACUUUUGGGUGUAAUUAUUUUGUUAA